UGUGUGUGUGUGAGGGCUAUCCAGCUGUGAGUACAGACGCGCCCAUUCAUCGAAAGCGCCCGGGGGUCGCGCAGCCUCUGACGCGGAUUGACCAGCCUGGCGUCCAAUGAAAACGCGCCAAAGCGUGACUCACCCUCUUCUCUUUCCAAUGGCAGCGCGGCGUAGAGGCGGACAGCAGGAAGCACACUUGGUUGAAUGGCCAUUAAAGCAGCAAUCAGCGGUAAAUAUGUUAUGAUGCCACGCUCCAAACAGACACCGAGCGGAUUGUCCGAGGCUGCACUUUGGCACCGGGUAGACACUUCAUGAAACACUGCCGCUGCACGGCCGCGGAUUCGCUGCGCGUUGGAGUCUGGCUACAAAUCAGAUCAGGAGUCUCUCUCCCUCUCUCUCUCUCUCUCUCUCUGGGGAAUUGGACAGUGAUGGACAGCUGUUGGACAUUGAUUCAGCGCAGAGGUUGACGAUAAAUUGACUGCGUCGUAGCACUACAGCUGUACCAUGGACCAAGGGGCUGUUUUUUGUGGCUGCCACAGGAGGAGAAGGAGGAGCGGCUGAGUUUUUUCCUCCGCUCAGAUCAGCGCAAGUGUGCGAGGAUCGUGAUGAUGCUUUUUGGCCAAACGUGAGGCUCCCACCGCCGUCCAGUGCUGCGGUGUUCGCUCAAUACAGGUGAAUUAAGACUUGACGGGACCAGAUGAGAACCGCCAACAUGGGAUUCGCCUUUUUUAUCCCCCCCCACCUCCGUCUUCACUGUCCACACACCGUUUACAAGAAUACAGGAAACAUGUCCGCAGAUAUAACGGAUUCACGGCGUAAUUGAUGGUGUUGCGCUAUGAUCUCUGGGGACUAUCUGAUUUGUGUAUUGGGUUUUGUCAUCUACAGCGCGCGCUGCCGUGCAACCUCUCCAUGGAUGUUAGUUAAUUGGGCCCAAUGAUGUAGAGCCAAACCCACCUGGAUCUAAUCUUCCCUCCUCUCGUGGCGAAACUGGCUCCCCAGUGACUUUUUGCGCAUGUUCAAUUGUUUUUUUUUUUGUUGUUUUUUUUUUAUUCCCAGAGCUUUUCAUCACUUCUGGUUACUUCUUUGGACAUUCCCAUGUCGAUUUUAAAGAUUUUAAAAUGAAUUUUUGCCUCUAAAAGUGGGGGAAAAAAACAGUGAUAGUUUGUAUUGACUCAGAUUGUGGCCAACUAUGGGAAAUUCAACUUAUAGCAGACACGUGAUGCGCCUCGUCCUUGUGUCCUGACAUUAUUUUUCAGUGGAACAAAACUUUUAAUGCAGUGUUUAUUAGUUUGAGCACAUUCUGUUGUUGCCUCCCGUUCUCUUAACUACUAUGUCCAGAUCAAACAGUGUCAGCCCACCCGGAGUCGGUGCGCCUGUGUUGAGGGGAGGGACCGAGCACAGAUCAGCUUGGGGAGAGUCUGAGUCCGUGGCCAACGGGUGCCCAUACUCGGCCAGAUCCCCGCGCAAGAAGCUCACCCGGACUAACAGUCGGUGGAAGGAAGAGGAUGAUCCGGACCACCGGCAGCCCGGCCGAGCCUCCACGACCGUCAGCAGGGUCAGCUUCAGGUCCAGGUCGGCUUGGCAGGACCAUGGCGAGGAGAACCGAGGCCGCGCGUCCCCUAAACGCCCAGAGGACGAGGUGAGACCCAAGUCUGUAGAGCUGGGUCUGGAGGAGCGGAGAGCCAAGCCGAAGACCAACGACGAGGAGGUCAUGCCCGAUGUUAACUUUUCUUUAGUGGCGUGCUGCACCAGCGUCAUGCACGUUUUCAAAUCCAAGAAGUUCCAGUCGGAGAAAUUGGAGCGGCUCUACCAGCGCUACUUUUUCCGUCUCAACCAGAGCAGUCUGACCAUGCUCAUGGCGGUGCUGGUGCUGGUCUUCACGGUCAUGCUGGGUUUCCACUGCUCCGGCGGGGCGGCGAGGCCGAGCGUAACUUAUGUGGUGGUCUUUUCCGUUGCCAUCUUCCUCACACUCAUACUCAUGGUGGUCUGCAACAGGAACGGGUUUCACCAGGACCAUAUGUGGAUUGUGUGCUAUGUGGUCAUCCUGGUGGUGCUGGUGAUCCAGGUGGUCGGAGUGCUGCUCGUGCAACCCAGAAGUGCCUCGGAGGGGAUCUGGUGGACCGUGUUCUUCAUCCAUGUCAUCUACACUCUGCUGCCCGUCAGGAUGCGCGCCGCGGUCAUCACUGGAGUUAUUCUUUCCGCCAUCCACGUGGCUGUUUCUUGGAUGUUAAACGGCAUGGACAGCUUUCUGUGGAAGCAGAUAGUAUCCAACGUGCUAAUCUUCUCCUGUACCAACAUCGUGGGAGUGUGCACCCAUUACCCCGCCGAGGGCUCCCAGAGGCAGGCCUUCCAGGAGACCAGGGAAUGCAUCCAAGCUCGCCUCCACUCCCAGAGGGAAAACCAGCAGCAGGAACGCCUCCUGCUCUCAGUGCUUCCCCGCCAUGUUGCCAUGGAGAUGAAAGCUGAUAUAAACGCCAAGCAGGAGGACAUGAUGUUUCACAAGAUCUAUAUCCAGAAGCAUGACAACGUCAGCAUCUUAUUCGCAGACAUCGAGGGUUUCACCAUGCUGGCGUCCCAGUGCACAGCGCAGGAGUUGGUGAUGACUCUCAAUGAACUUUUUGCCCGUUUUGACAAGCUGGCAGCGGAGAACCACUGUCUGCGGAUUAAGAUCUUGGGAGACUGCUACUACUGUGUGUCUGGGCUGCCAGAGGCGAGGGCUGACCACGCCCACUGCUGUGUGGAGAUGGGCUUGGACAUGAUAGAGGCCAUCUCGCUGGUACGGGAGGUAACUGGUGUAAAUGUGAACAUGCGAGUGGGUAUCCACAGCGGCAGGGUGCACUGCGGAGUGCUGGGACUCAGGAAGUGGCAGUUUGAUGUCUGGUCCAAUGACGUCACAUUAGCCAAUCAGAUGGAAGCUGGGGGCAAAGCUGGGCGUAUUCAUAUCACUAAGGCCACUAUGAAUUAUCUGAAUGGGGACUACGAUGUGGAGCCGGGAUCAGGGGGAGAGAGAAACGCCUACCUGAAGAAGAACAACAUAGAAACCUACCUCAUUGUGGGCUGCAGUCAGAAAAGGAAAGAGGAAAAGGCAAUGAUCGCCAAAAUGAACCGACAGAGGACCAACUCUGUGACCCACAACAGCGGCCACUGGACUGACCGUCCAUUCUACAACCAUCUGGGCGGGAACCAGGUCUCCAAGGAGAUGAAGAGGAUGGGUUUUGAAGACCCCAAGGACAAGCAUUUCAUUUUCAGAAACACGCAGGAAAACCUGAACCCAGAGGACGAGGUGGACGAGUUCCUGGGCCGCGCCAUCGACGCUCGCAGCAUCGACCGUCUGCGCUCCGAACACGUCAAGAAGUUCCUGCUCACCUUCAGAGAGCCUGACCUGGAGAAAAAGUACUCCAAGCAGGUGGACUCCAGGUUCGGGGCUUACGUGGCCUGUGCCUCCCUCGUUUUUCUCUUCAUCUGCUUCAUCCAGAUCGUCAUUGUGCCGCCCUCCAGUCUGAUGAUCGGCUUCUUUAUCACCUGUCUCAUUAUCCUGACAGCCGUCAUGUUCGUCUCAGCUGUCUACUGCUGCUUUGGGCUAUUCCCAGUCCCUCUGCAGACGCUCUCUAAGAGGAUAGUCCAGUCCAGGCUGAACAGCACCCUGGCGGGCGUCUUCACCAUCAUCAUCGUCUUUCUUUCAGCUUUCAUCAAUAUUUUCACCUGCAGCGGCCACGACCUGCAGAGCUGCAUCACAGCAGAGCUCAACAUCAGCCUGGACCGCGUUAACGCCUGCCACGCCCACCUCCUCAACUACAGCCUGGACACGCAGCACAGCCCCUGUGUAGACGGCGCCCUCGUCUGCAGUUUUCCUGAGUACUUCUCGUCCUGCGUGCUGCUCAGCCUGCUGGCCUGCUCCGUCUUCCUGCAGGUCAGCAGCCUCGGGAAACUUUUCCUCAUGCUCUUCAUUGAGCUGCUCUACCUUCUCAUCAUGGAGGUGCCCAAAGUCAGUCUCUUCGACAACCAGGACCUGCUGGUCAUGGCCAACGCCAUCAACUUUGUCGAGCACAUGAAUGGAACAAGCUGUGUGAUGGACUCCAAGGUUCCUCUGAAGAUCAUGACCCCGGUGGUCAUCACUGUCUUCGUUCUCGCCCUCUACCUUCACGCCCAGCAGGUGGAGUCCACGGCCAGGCUGGACUUCCUCUGGAAGCUGCAGGCCACAGAGGAGAAGGAGGAGAUGGAGGAGCUGCAGGCAUACAACCGCCGUCUGCUCCACAACAUCCUACCCAAAGAUGUGGCCGCCCACUUCCUGCAGCGCGAGAGGCGCAACGACGAGCUCUACUACCAGUCGUGCGAGUGCGUCGCUGUCAUGUUCGCCUCCAUCAGCAACUUCUCCGAGUUCUACGUGGAGCUGGAGGCCAACAACGAGGGAGUGGAGUGUCUGCGGCUGCUCAACGAGAUCAUCGCCGACUUUGAUGAGAUCAUUAGCGAAGAUCAGUUCCGUCAACUGGAGAAGAUCAAGACCAUCGGCUCCACCUACAUGGCGGCCUCAGGCCUCAACGACUCCACGUACGACAAGGCCGGGCGCUCGCACAUCCGCGCUCUGGCCGACUACGCCAUGAGGAUGAUGGACCAGAUGAAAUACAUCAACGAACACUCCUUUAACAACUUCAAAAUGAAGAUAGGUCUUAACAUGGGCCCUGUGGUUGCCGGGGUGAUCGGGGCCAGGAAGCCUCAGUAUGACAUCUGGGGUAACACAGUGAACGUGGCGAGUCGCAUGGACAGCACAGGUGUACCGGAGAGGAUCCAGGUGACCGCAGACCUGUACCAGGUACUGAGCUCCUACAACUACACACUGGAGUACAGGGGCGUAGUCACAGUGAAGGGCAAAGGAGAGAUGAUGACCUAUUUCCUCACCAGUGGACCCUCCAACAGUUAACCUGCGCUAAAUGACAAACAACACGCAGGGGUGUUAACUCCACCUCUGUCGCAAGGAGCCGCCUCAUGGACCUCUGACAGAUUACAGUGGACUGAGACCAGCUGAAGCGUCUCUUCUCACAGCGCAGGACCCUUCUCGAACCCAGAGGCCACAACGAGGACGGAUGAGGAAAGUCAUCCCAAAGCUCAGCUUGCGGGGGGAGACGGAGUGGGAGGGGCAUAGCUAGCCUGACUCUGACAUUGAGACCAAAGACGUCCAAUCAGAGCGUAAAAAACAAGAUUUCGCCAGCUUUGAGAGGUUCCUACAGGAAAAAAUGUUCUCUGAGAAAUUUUAUUUGCUUCAAUCUGCCAGAUUUUUCGGAGGGGUUCGGACAAACCUGCGGGAAGACGUGUCACUUCCUCUUUCUCUCUGCCUUUCUCCUGCUGAAGUAUAUAUGUACAUGUAAAACACAGACAAGUUUUAUGUGUAUGUAUAUGAUUUUAUGUACUGUAUGUGAAACACAUUUUGUCCAUGUUGUCGUGAUACAGGUACAAAUCUCUCAAGUGCGGAGCCAGCACCACAGCACUACCUGUCCUUGUAUCAAUAUCUGAUCGUGUCAGCAAUCAACAGAUUAAUGGGGGAGUUGCACUAAGUUGCGUCUUAUCGGUGAAGAGUGAGUCUUGCAGGUGAGGAGGUCCCUCAGAGACGGUUUGGACUGUUUUUUGUUUGUUUUGUUUUGUAAGAACAGAAAGAAAAUGCUUAACAGUGUUUACAGAAAGCUUCCCGUCAGACGUAUAAAAUCACAAACUCACUACAGUAUCAACAGCAUAUAAACACACCUUAAACACUAAGAGGAUGUCAAUGAAGAGCUUUUUCUAAUCUUCGACAUUUUGUAUUUUGACUGCAGAACACCAAACCCUAUCAGAUAUUUUAAGAUUCUAUAUUUUGUACAUUAAUAUAUUAGAGAGCUAUCUAUAAACACCAACGUGUAUUCAGAUGUACAUACUCUAUCACUCUCGUGUUGGGAUUUCAGAAAUCCUCACUAGUGUUGCCUGGUCUUAAAGUGGAGCCACAGCUAAUGUACCAUUAACUUCAGCAGAUUGAUGCACCUGAAUGCCCUUUUUUUUUUUUUUUUUUCUUGCUCUUUUCACCGAAUUGAGCAUUUUUCGAUCUGCAGGAAGUCAAUCCUUCGGUGAUUAGAUGGCGUUUCUGAUGAUUUCCCUUCAGUAGUGUGUUUAAAUCUCACGGCGAGAAGGAAGCGCCAAGCCGAGCGAGUACGCACUUUGAAUGACAAGACUAGAGGACGGGAAUGCAUCGGUCUCGGUGCUCAAAAGCCAUUUUGCACUCCAGUGCAUUCAGCCGUCCGCCCCUUCCUGCACUGCUCCACACCUCCCUCUUGCUUGCUCAAUCAGAUGGUACGACCCAAUGAAUGUCCAAUGAUCUCCGAUGAGGCCUUUAAUAUGAACUCUAUACUAAUGACGGUGAUGAUUCUCAUCCUGUGGACAGGGAAAGACAAGCCCAUAUGGAAAUGUGCCCUUUUAUCUGCUGUUUUUUUUUUUUCGUAUCAGAAAAGUUUUCUUCAGUAUUACAACAUUACUCAGCAUGUCUUCCGACAAACUGUCUUUAACCUGGCCGUUUCAUAGAUUUUAGUGAUUUUUAGUGAUGUUAUUACCAAUCACUACAGCUGGUUCUGUUUGUCUUGGCUGAGUCAGAGUACAGUGAUCAGUGAAUGUCUGGGCAGAGUGUCAAGUUUUUAUAUAGAGGAACAAAGCAAAUUUGAGACGGAAGCUUAAAGGAUAAGGCAAGCAUUAUUCAGUAUUUUGUUUAUUAUCAACAAAUCUCAUGAAAAAAAACAAAAUCAACAUUGUGUUAUUUGACUUCUUGCUUUGUCUCUACACACACUGCACCCACAGCCCUUGCCUGUUUGUUAAAUCAUAUACUGUUAUAAAGAAACAUUACUCAAACACGAGUAAAACACAUAAUUUAUUGAAACUAUUUGUGUAUUUAAUACACAUUUAGUGUUUUACACUAGUGGGUAUUUACGCCACCAGGUCGUUGUAUGUGGGAUUGUUUUAAAUGGAAUUCAGAGUAUGGAGUCUUGACUGUGCCACUGGAAUACUUGAAGACUUUUAAAAAAUAAAAUUUAUUAAUAAACUGAUCUAUUUAAAAAAAAAAAAAAAAAAAGUUGUUAGAAAUUAAUCACAGUAAAGAAAAUGGCAUUGAAAUGACAUCUGGCCAAUCAGAGGUCCUGCUGAUGCCCUGCAGGUUGGAGUUAAAUUUGACUUGACUAGGUAGUGCACAAAUGUAUUGUUGGAUGGAAUAAAUGCAAUUACAAAAUGUCAAAUUUAAGAGCAUUUUAAAGACUUAUUUCAAGUUCCAUUCAGAAAUUCAAUUAUUAAUCAUGUCUUUAUUAGAAAUUGAUUAAAUGUUAAAUAGAUUGUAAAUUAGCUAAUUAAAAACUUUAUUUUUUUACUUUGAGUUUUAUAAUACAUGAUUUGAAUGCAAAUACAAUUAAAAAAGUUACAAUAGCUUUGCUAACCCUUUUAAAUUGAUCAAUUAUUUUUAUGUUUUUUAAAAAGGCUCUAUAAGAGUUUCUGUUUACGUUAAUGGAGAAACAUGUACAAUAGUAUGACUAACUGAUGUGUUUUUAAUAGUUUUGGGGAAACUGGAGCUCUAGAGUACAGAGGAAUAAUAUUUAUUAGGGUUUUACUACAUAGGCAAUACUUAGAAGGUUCAAUUCAUUGAUUUUGGUCUUUUCAUGGGAUUUGUUGAGUUAAAAAAAGUAAAUUGGCACAAGCUUUAUCCUUUAAAUGUUGGUGAUCUUGCUUUUAAUUUCCUGUUUGAAAAUAACAAGAGAAACUUGGCACUUGGAAGGUUUGCUUUGAGCCUGUACAGUGGAAAGCCUGCGCUGGUCUACUCUGGUGGUUUCUGUGUUGUUAAUGUACUGUACUGCUGCAACCAUUAUCACACACCACUAGUAAAAAAUUUAAGUGUCAUCCCAUUUGA